AUGAAGGAAGAAGAUUUGGUGGGCACCUACAGCGUAUGGCAUACAGCGUACAUACCUUUCGUUCAACGGGAAGUGUGGGCAACAGGGUUUAACAACACCACCAUCACCCGUCAGAGGGAGAGUACCGCAAUAAUAAUAAUAAUAGGAGCAGCUGUCACCAAAUAUCGGAGCAGGGAGGACUGUGGAAAAGGCACAUCAUCCGCGCCCACUACUACAAAGUGCUCCAUCCAAGGCGCAUGGAAGGAUGGCGGCGGGAACGCUUCCAACAUCCACACCACCCACGACCCUGCGCAGAUGCCCAUGGCUAACAGAACGGCGCAUUUUGGCUUCGGCGGGUUUUGGAUCCAGUCCCGGCCCAGACCAACGGGCGGCGAACCCUGCAAACCUUCACAGUCCAUGUGCAAAUUAUGCUUUUAUAGCUAG